UUUUAUUGAUCCACGAACUCCAGCUGAAGAACUGUGCAUUCGUAACAGCCGAACGACUCCAGCGAGACUUGGUGUGAAAGUAACGGACCUCGUAGCCACGCUUCAGAUUUCUAAUUUUGGAACAGUUGCUUCCCCGUCGGAAACGUUAUGUCGUCUAACUUCAACGUAGGUGUGGCCGCCGAGGCUAAACCGUCAAGCCGCGUGCUGAAGCCUCCGGGCGGUGGCCAUUCCGACAUUUUUGGUGAGUCUAACGUGCGACAUAACCCGCCGCGGCCGAAAAACAACCAGCAGAAUUCAUCCAACAUGAACGCUGUCAUGGGCACUACGGAUCCCAACGAAUCGUUCGAUUCCAAACCCGGGGCAAGUCCAGCAGCAAUGGGCCAGAAUGGGCCUCACUCAGCGUCCAACGGCAGCAGUGGAGGCGCGUCUGCGGCGGACACGGCCAAGCAGCAGGCAUCGUCCGACAACCAGCGGGUACGUGUGCCUCCGGGAGGCCAUUCGGCUGGCUUCUGGUGAUUUCUUUCGCCUACCGCUUCCGCCAGCCUGUCCGCUCCCUUCAUCCGGGAGUACAAGGGAACCAAACACUGCGUGUGUGACGACGAAAGUGGCCCAUCAGUCGCCCGAUCUCUAACCCUGUCUGACUGUCUCGAUUUACGUGCGUAGAGCGGGCUAUGGAGGGCGCAGCUAGCAGCAUUUGUUUAUUACCUCGUGUACCUUCUGUUUCUGACGCUCGAUAGCUUUUUACCAUCUACCUACUCUUAGGCUCCCUUGCGUUCGAACGGACGCCGUGAGCUAGCUAUACUGCCAAAAACGAACAACACAAAGCCCCUAUCCUUCAAUUGUAUUUGCUUGCGGUAUUAUUACUUCCAAAGUGUGGCCCGCGCGCCGUAUCUUAACACAAAUAAUGGAACAAAAUAAAUUAUA